AUGGCUACUAUACCUGAGGCUAUAGACAGUCGUAAUGCGUCAGAAUCCUCAUUAGACGAGUUCAUCCAACCAGAGACCACAGUGCCUAGUACCAGAUCCGUACUCCGGAAGCUCUACGUAUCGCAUACGCUAUCGACAUGGAACGCACGCACAUUCGAAUUCAGCGCCGUCAUUUUCCUAGCUACCAUCUUCCCAGGCACGCUUUUCUACGCCUCUUGCUACGCGCUGUUUCGCUCACUCACCGCCUUUCUUCUCUCCUCCGCCGUAGGCCACCAAGUCGACAGCAAAGAACGCCUCAGUGUAGUUCGGCAUUCGAUAAUAUGGCAGCGUAUCUCAGUCGCUGCGUCAUGUGGCAUUCUCCUUCUACUGCUCCAAUCUGCGCCGGAGACAUGGGCGUCGAUUGCAUGGUUCUCGGUAUGCAUAGUGUUGGCAGGCGUGGAGAAGCUAGCGUUCGUGGGAAAUACGGUGGCGGUGGAGAGGGACUGGGCGGUCGUCAUUGCGGAGGGACUGGACGUUCCGAGAGAGGACUUAAACAGUCAGAUGAGAAGGAUUGAUUUGGUGUUUUACGACGCGAUUCCCGGUCUAGCGAGCCGGUCCACAAAGUCUACGGCUAGACCUGACGACGUCGAAGGUCGGCAGGUUCCAUCUCUAGCCCCUCAUCGUGGAAUCUCUUCCCUCCGCAAUACCCUCCAGCAAUGGAAAGCUUACUUCCUGAAUCCGGCCAGCCUUGCCUCCUUCUCCCUUGCUCUGCUCUACUUCACGGUCCUCGGCUUCGGCUCCCAAUUUACAACAUACCUCCUCACGCUGGGCUUCACCUCUACACACAUCGCCGGCAUGCGUCUCGUCUCCGUCAUCCUCGAACUCGGCGCCACAUGUGUGGCGCCCCUCCUCAUGCGCCGCAUAGGAGCUGUCCGCGCGGGUCUCUGGUUCAUUAAUUACCAGCUUAUUACUGUGCUCCUUGCCAUCGCCCUAUUCACGCUCGCCACCCCUUCGACACAGAUUGCCGGCCUUUCCCUCGUCGCAGGGGUCACUCUCUCCCGCCUUGGACUAUGGGGCUUCGAUCUCUGCGUGCAGUUUCUCGUACAAGAGGAAGCGCCGGAAGCGACUCGCGGAUCAUUCUCCUCCAUCGAAACCUCUCUGCAGAAUCUGUUUGAGCUGUGCAGCUUUGCGACGACCAUGGUGUGGACAAGGCCCGAGCAGUUUCGCUUCCCGGUGUGGAUGUCGAACAAUCACCACGUAGAUCACCACAUAAAGUCAGGGCGGCCAGCUUCGCCGACUCGUCAGACUCGUCAGACUUUCGAGCAGCACGCUCAGCAGGUUCAGAGCCCGCAGGUUGCACAGCACUCGCAGCAGCAGCCGUCGGGUCGUCAGAUUUUCGAGCAGCACGCUCAGCAGUAUCUUCAGAGCCCGCAGUUUGCACAGCACUCGCAGCAGCAGCCGUCGCAACGUCAGUAUCACGGCUCACGCGGAGGUCACAACCGCGGCAACUACGGCCAGCGCGGCAACAACCGCACCACCAACAACAGCAACAGCAACCGCAGCCAGGAUCCUGUCAUGGAAGCGCUCGCCGAACAGACCAGUACGAUGCAGAUCCAGAUGCGGCAGGAUCGCGAUCAUUUUCAGCAAUUAUAUCAGCAGCAACAACAGGAGAUUCAGCAAUUAUAUCAGCAGCAACAACAGGAGAUUCAGCGGUUGAGAGCGGGUCAAGCGGGUCAGAAUAAUGCGCGACCGUAUUCACAAGAACCAGACUGGAGACUUUACAAGGUCCUGGGAGCCCUGGAGGAUUAUAUAAACGACUACCAGCAGGAUCCGCACUACGACAUCCAGAAAAAUCUGAAUAAUCUGGAUGCCGGGAUCAAGAUAGAGAUGCUGCAUUAUCGCGAGGCCAACAUCGCGAACCGGUACCGUGCCUUGAUGGAGCGCUACGACAACAUUGCGCUAAGUUACAAUCCGCAACACCGCGCAACACAGCAUCCCGUGGCUCCCGGUAGCCUGACAGCUCCAGCACCUCUCAUGCAGUUGCAGCAACCCAUCCAGACAGCGCCUCCCAUGCAGCUGCAGCAAUACAUCCAGACAGCACCUCCAAUGCAGUUGCAGCAACCCCUCCAGACAGCACCCGCGCCCCAAGGCAGCUUUAGAGGCCCGACUGGUAAUGGAGGUGGUGUGCUGCCCGGCUCUAGAUGGGCCUCAAAUCAGCACCAAGCACCUACGUCUGUUGCCAGGAUGGUACAAAUCAACCCAGACACUGUCACCGGCAUUUCACUUCCACGCCUGGACCCAGCAAAUAUCAACCCCGAGUGUUACCAGCCUCAGCAAGAUGACCAGCUUCAGCAAGAUGACCAGCUUCAGCAAGAUGACCAGCUUCAGCAAGAUGACCAGCUUCAGCAAGAUGACCAGCCUCAAAUUCGGUAUCAGGCUGAUUAG